CAAAUGCGAUAUGAACAAGGUGUCUGGUUUCGCCUCCCGGUGUUAAAGGCUGUCUUCUGAAACAGGCUUCAAAUGGAGCUGAAGUUCCUGCUUCCUUUGUGCACCAGUGAAGCCUCAUGUGUCAGCGCAGUUCCAGUAGAAAAAGACCGUACUGAAGAAAUGAUAACCCAGUGCAUAGUGGAAGUUCUGUCCAAUGCUCUGUCUAAGCCAAGUGCACCACCAAUUAAUCCUGAAUGCAGAGAAAUCCUGAAGAAGAGUGGUAGAAACGACAGAGAGAGAAGUGAAAGCAAACAGCUUGAAGUGAGGCACUCCGAAGACCCAGCAGAGAUUGAAAAACGUCGCACUGGGAGCAUGGAGCAAGAACAAAGUCAGGCAGAAGAGGAAUCUAAAAACUACGUGAAAGAAAGUGAUGAGGAGAAACUUGCUCAAGAGGAAGGCAAAAGCACGAAAGACGAGGCCGGACACCACACGCCUGCUCAGGAUGAGAGACUUUACGCAGAAGAAAAAACCCACUAUCAGGAAGCUGGAAGAGAGGAGGAGAAGAAUUACCACGGUGAAGAAGGAAGCAAAGAGAGCAGGUGUUGUGAUGAAGAUGUGGAACACGCUGUUCUCAACAAGAAGUCUCACUCUGGAGGCACGAGCACAGAUGACCGUGAUGGGAAUGGUCAGCGCCCCGCGGGCCGCUGGCACUCGGAGGAGGGAAUGCAGAGCCCUUACAGAGAAGUUCAUGAAGGUGAAGAGGGAGAGGGAGAAAGAAGUGAAAAGUACCACCGUGAGUCUAAGGAACGUGAUUUCUUCCACCAGCAAGAGCGUGAAGAAUCUGAUGAGAGUGAAGAAACAGAGGAGGAAAAGCAACCCUACAAACCCAAACGAUACCAUGGGAAGCACAGAGUGGGUGACUCCUAUGAAGACAAGAGGGGCCGUGUUGGUGAGAAAGGGGAAGUAGCUGAGGAAUCAGACACAGAGGAGACCCGUGUCUGGAACCAAUGGAACCACCAUCAGAAACAGCAGGAAGAGCAGCGUGAGAAGAGUGGUUAUCAUGGGGGACGUGGGUCUGAGGAGGCGAAGGAGAAGAGGCUUUCAAUCCAGGGAAUUGAGAAGUACAGAGACAGGUGGCAGCAAAGGGAAGAGAGCAGUGAAGAGAGCAGUGAAGAGAGCAGUGAAGAAGAAAACAAGAGGUAUCGCCACACUGAAGAAAGUAAUGAGAAAUGGCACAAGGAGAGGAGACAUCACGACGGAUCACAUGAGGCCAGGAGGCACCGUUCCGAGGGAAGGAUGUACCUUGCAGAUGAAAAUGAGGAAGAGCCGGACAGUUACCUCAGCGGUGGCAGCAAGGAGAAGCAGCGUCAUGCUGGAGGAAGAUACCGCCUCUGGAAUGAUGAAGAGGAAGGGUCACAGAAAGCAUCUGCUUGGGAGCACAGAGGGCAGGCCAGGAGACGCCACAGCACCGAGGACGAGGGGGAGCAGCAGCGCUACCCCAGCUAUAGUGAGGAGGAGGAGGAGGAGGAGGUAGAAAAGAAGCAUCACAGCAGUGAUCAGGUGGAAAAUGAUGAGGAGGAAAGAUAUGCAGAGAGGGAAGAGUACAGAAGCAGUCUCCCUGCAGAGAAUCAGAAGAGAACCACAGCAUCCUACAGCCCUUUCUACCCGCUGCUGUGGUGGAAAAGCCGGCACUUUGAGAAGAGGGACAGCACAGGAGAGCAGCUUUUGGAGGGCAGAGAGGAAAGCAGGUCUGCCCUGAACGAGAAGAGUCCUUUCCCUGAAUAUAAUGACUAUGACUGGUGGGAGGAAAAGCAAAUCCUGAGUGCUCUGAAGCACAAACGCACUGAGAAGAGGAAUCCCGGCAAAAUUAACAGAAAUGAUGUGGAAAGGCAAUACGACAAGGUGGAUCAAAUUGCAAAACUUCUGAAUUACAGGAAGAAAUCAGCUGAAUUCCCAGAGUUGUACAGCUCUGGAGAAGACCUGAAAAAACGUCAGAUAACUGGGUAUGACAGAAGAAAUCUAAGCAAGAGGCCUUUGACAGAAGAGGAGGAAAAAGAAAUGGAAAACCUGGCUGCUAUGGAUUUGGAGCUGCAGAGUAUAGCAGAGAAGUUGAACAGCCUCAGGAGAGGCUGAAGGUGUUUGGGGUUUCAGAGAUUGGCGUAGCUGCACUCGCAGUACCCGUGUUCCAUGGUAAAUUCACUGCCACUGGAUUGUUGUUUGCCCUAAACCCAGGAAAUACUAUUUACUGUCCACUAUAGUGUAGUGAUUUAUACAGCUGAAAAUGUCUUUAAUUUGCUGUUAUGCUACUGAGAUCAGAAUGGCAUGAAUUUUAGUAUCAUAACCUUUCAUGUGGGCAGAUAUUUUUAAUAGGCUUUUGAAAAUAAUUGUGUUAGUGUUCUUCAGAAAUAUAUUUGUCUGAGUUUGCAAUAAUAAAAACCAUUGAUCUUGGACCAAA